AUGCGCCGCCGCGCGAGAGUAUCGCGCCCCGAGUCCACCCACCCGCCCGCGCGCGUCCUGCUCGCGAGCGGCGAGCGCGAGCGCGACGGCGCGGGGUCGCCGUCGCCGCCGCCCCCGGCGACGCGAACGACCACGACCACGAGUCGGACCUUCGCCGUUGACGCCGUAGACGCCGCCGCCUUGGUGGCGGACCUCGUCGUCGCACGCGCCGACGCGGAUCUCGCGGAUGUCCUCUCGACGUCGCUGACCGUCGCGAUCGCGGUCGAGGAGGCCGGCGCGCGUGAAGCGGGAGGCGUUGGGGACGGCGAGCGGACGGCGGUGCUGUGCGAGCUUGUCCUCGACCCCACGAACCGCUGGCGACCGAGCGCGCCGGACUGCACGGCGACGCGCGUCGUCGACGUCGACGACGCCGACGCCGACGAAACCGCCGACGGGGGCGCGCGCGUCGACGUCCUGCGCGUCGAGGCGUCGCUCCCGCCGCCGCGACACCCACCCGUUCGCCUCGCGGCGGUGACCCUCACGCUGACGACGACACAGACGGCGGCUUCGACGAACACGAACAAAUUCCCGUCCCUCCCGCCGCCGCCGCUCGACGUCCGCGGCGUCGCCGUCGUCACCGGCGAGGACGUCGACGCGCUCGCGCGGGCGUGGCUCGCGCGCGCCGCGAGGUGCGCGGAGGACGCGCUCCCGGCGACGGUCGACGCGUGCGGCGCCGAUGAGGUUCCCUUUCCUUUUCCCGCCCCCGGCUUCGGCCCCGGCGGCGACGCUCUCGUCGUCGCCGUCGUCGACGACGCGCGCCUUCGCGGGUGCUGCGCGGCGACGCGGGUCUACCACGCCGAGGAGUGCGCGUGCGCGCUGGACGUGUUCGACGUGGCAUCCGACGUGGCAUCCGACGUGGCGUCCGACGCGGCGGGAGAGGAGGGUCCGUUUAACCGGGACGAAAAGUUGGACGACGCGGGGUUAAUAAACGGCGUUCCUUUGACGACGUUCCCGCCGCCGGGGGCGGUCGCCGCGGAGGAUCGAACGCUCGCGGCCGCGCUCCACCGACUCUGCGCCGCGUCGGAUGCCACGUCGGAUGCCACGUCGGACGCGCGGCGCCUCCGCGACGUGGCAUACGGCGCGGCCGCCAAAUCGUGCGUCCAGUCGUCGGCGGUGAUGACCGCGGUGUCCGCGUCGGCGGCGCGGCUCCUCUCGGGGACUCGCGGCGACCACAGUACCUCCCUCGACGCUCAAUCGUCCGGCGCGGCGUCCGACGUGGAGUCCGGCGUGGCAUACGACGUGGCAUCCGACGUGGCGUCGUUUCUGUCGUGGCUCGACGGCGACGCGCGAGAAAGUCGACCCGAGGUCUUCACGCAGUCCACCGCCUCGGCCGCGCCACCGCCACGACCGCGACCGCCGCCAUCACCUCUCAUUCCUCUUAUUCCUCCUCCCACAAUGACAACAACGACAAACACGACAACGUCAACAAUUACAACAAAUACAACAACAAAUACGACAACCCGGGCUUGGCGUCCCGACUCUGCUUUCUUCGCCGUCGUCGUCGCCGCGCUCCUCGUCGCCGGCUUGUUCGUCGUCGUCGUCUGCGUGAGACUCGCGCGGCGGUGGCGGGGCACGGGCGGCGGUGAUGACGUCGGGGGGACGGGUGCCGCGGAUGAGGGAGGCGAGGGCGGGGACGAGGGCGCGGCGGGAGGGGAGGUGUUGCUGAUUCGGCGGCGCGCGACGGGGAAACCGUAA